UCAGUUAGAACCCAAGAGGAGAGCUCGUCGAUCGAUUCCCCCGCGAAACAGAAAUCUCGCUCUCGCCGCCGCCGCCGCCCCGCGUCUCCUCCUCCUCCUCCCUGGCCGGCGGCGUGAAUUUGAACUACUCCGUCCGGCCAGCCUCCGCCGCUCCAUGCCAUAUUCAUCCCCUCCUCCUUAAAUCCUAGCACCCUGACACCUCCAGUCGCCUUCCCUAGCCCUAUCAACCCUUGUGUUUGUGAAUGGUUGGAUGGAUUCCAUCUCGGUGAAUGAUCUCGCGGGAUUUUUUUUUGGGCACAAUUGCGAUCCGAUCCGGGUAUCCCACCGAUCGACCGAAGCCGGGAGGGCACGGGCGAUCAACUGGUCCGAAACAAUGUGCUUGCUGAUGUCACAAUGUAUAUAGGAUUGGCAACAUGAUCAGAGGCUAUGAGCAUGGUUAUGUGCUGAAAAUAACCUCUGUUGGUGAUGUCGCAGAUAUCAGUAUUCUGGAAAAUGGCAUAAAAUGUGGGCAUCCAGUUCUGUUAAUUGCUGGUAAUAUUGAUCAGGACACUGUUUCAAUCCAGUCCUUGUGGCCAAUAAGAUUGGAAGUGUAUCGGAGUAUGGAGACUGCAAGAAAACCUGGAUGAUAUCACUUUCCAAUUGGAGGCUGAAAGUGAGCUCAAAGGAGAAGAAAUUUUGGGUGGAAGAUGCUUUGAAUGCAAUGGAAGUGUUAUGGUUGGUACCCACUAUAGUCCAUAUCAGAAGGAUGCAGUGGAGAAAGCUAUUGCUGUUGCUGGUGUCUAUACUCUUUUGAGGCUGGCAUCUAAAGUUGACUUCAUCAUAGAAUCUCGAGAAUGAUUAGCAGAAGGUUGAGGUUGAAAUUGUAAGGAAGGCCUUCAGUAUAAUCCCUGAAAAGAGAGUUACUUUUGCAAAAGGAACAUAAUAGGCGGUGAGUUGAGGUGUCGCUUGGAGCAUUCUGCAUUGGUGGCAAAUUAAGACAUUCCUGGCUUGAGAGUUGAGACGUGGUUGUCGACGCCAUAGAGAGCGAGAACGUACACCUGGUCUUCUGCAACCUGCAAACCAAUGGCAGCUAGCUCUGGUAAUCUCUGCACCUGAUCCCAUGCACGCCUUUGACUGUGCUAUCUUGCAAAUCUAGCAUAGGGAUACCACGUUGCAGAAUAUGGAUUCUGAUUGAGCAACGGCACUUGGCUUUUCUGUGAAACUGUGGCAACUAAAUCUUUUGCUUACAUACAGAUAGGACGGCUGCACUUAGCAACACUACACCCGUAGCUAAGUGAAGUGAUUUCAUGAAUGGGUGUAGCGUUUUCUUUAACCUUCAGUAAAAGAAUACUUGAUGCCAAAUAGGAGUAGUUUUCAACUUAACAUAGGGAUAGAAAGUAAAGUAAAAUGGGGGUGAGGGGUUCAUUGGAUACUCAAGAGAAGUCUGUGAUUAUGUAAGGCCCGGAAUUUUAAACAGGUGCGUGCGCAUUUGGCUUGUCACACACACAUAGGAUGCCCCCCUCUGCUUGGCUGCGUGUUCGCUUGUUUCUGCGUGCGCCUGCACAGCUGCAAAUUUUCACCAGUGCCAGCAGUUGGGAGGUAGCAGUAGCAGUGGUAAACUAGCAAAGGCAAAUUCACAGUGGGGGGCCUGGCUAUCCAUCCAUCUCCUUGACCUUUUUUACCUGGAGCAUGGAAGGAAAUUCCAAAAACCCUCUUGAGCUCUUUCGUGCUUAGACAAAAAGAAAAUACCGUUUGCUCCAAGUCCAAACCAUUGUACUUUUACUGUAAGGCAACCCAAGCACACAUAUAGAUACUGCUACAUUAUGUCUGCGUAUGCAUAUAGUGACCGUUGUUUUGGGUCUUUGUGGUUGGUAACCACUCCUUGCACUGACAGUAUGACUCUACUUAUUAGACCUGUGCUGCCGUGCAUUAGAUGUAGUAGUAGUAUAACGUUACUGCUAGUAGUAUUUUGUUUGUGAAGGUUAGUAAAAUAAUUGAUGGAUUGUAAACAAAGUCUACCACUAUAGUAGCAGUAGUAAUACAAGAAUAGUAAAAAAACACAAGAUCCGGGUCGGCCGGCCUAGGGGUGGAAGGUGGCCGUCCACGCUCCGUGCAAAUGUGAUCUUCUUCUUCAUCCUAGAGAAGAGGAGAGGCCAACGGCCGGCCAUUAAUAUUCCCUCUUCGAUGCCUGCAUAAAAAGCUGUGUACUGUACUACUACCCCUCUCUCUCUCUCUCUCUCUCUGCCUCACUGGCACCUGUAGUUUAGCGCCGUUGCACGCUGCCUCUGUGUGUGUGACCUGGCUGGCUGGGGCUGUAUGACUUUGCCUAUUUGGUGCCUCGCUGUACUCUUGGGCCCGGGGUCUACUUGCGAAAAAAUUUUUUAACCAAACAAGAUGGAGGAAAAAGGGCAAGGAUUGAGGAAUAUCUCUGUGGUGGAGAUGGGUGAUUAUACUUGAAUUUGCUGGUGUUUUUUUUUCUCAUUACUUUUGCACCUCCAAUCUUUGCAACUUUCCUACCUUUUGGGGAAGAAUUAAAUGUCUGUUCAAGUCUACAGGGGAAUUUAGGCCCUGUUUAGUUCACACCAAACUUUCCCCAAACUUCCAACUUUCCAUUACAUCACAUCCAAAACUUUCCUACUCACAUAAACUCCCAACUUUUUUUUCCAAACUACCAACUUUCCCCAAACUUCUCUCCAAUUUCAGAAACUAAACACACAGUUAGUUUUUUUUUCUAUGCACAGAGUUGAAUAGAAAUUUCAGUUACCCCAAGAUAUACUAUUUUACCAGCCAUGAUUUUUGAAUCAGUAGUGCAUUAGACAUAUCCCACCAACAAAUGAAUGUAGUUGUAGAUUAUCCCCCAACUAAUAAUGUGCGUGUGCAAUGAUUCUGUCAUUUGCAAAUUGCAAUUGCCGCCUCAAAACGCAAAUGCCAAUAUGUGACACCUGUGAAGUGAAAAUGGUGUUGGCAUCAUAAAAUAUUUAACCAACCCCAAAGCAUGGGUACCUUCUAAGUUAGCCACACAACUAAUUUAACAGUGUACUGCUAUCACACAGCUGUACAACUGGCAUAUCAUUGCUAUACACCAGUACAAAGUGCUCGUGCCCACCGUUUUAUGCUGUAAUCUCUCUCAACAACUGAAUAGAAAAUCAACCACAAAACUCCAGCUGGUCAAUUCUUAGGGAUAUUCUUGAUGCGGCGAAAAUCUCUGAAAGCCAAUCUUUGGUGCCACCUGGGUAUUGUGCACUUUGUACUUUGAGCUGGAACGAACGGCUUGUGUCAGUUUUGGCCGUUGGUAAGGGACAAACAAUACUGGAGAAGAGUAUUCAUUUCCCUCCUGCAAUAUCUUCUCACAGUGUAGUAGUAUGGUCUAAUGCGAUCCAUACGGAAUUGUACACAGGAGUACAUCCACAUACAUAGAAUUGGGUGGUGGCCCCAAAAGUACUCUCCAUCUACUUGUAGUAGCCUAGUAUAAUACUGGAAUGUGAUGUUUUACUAACUUUGUAAGCAAAUCAUGCAUGUAGCCAUGUAACUUAGGCUCCUUUGGCACAUGGUAAUUUUCAGAAAGUUGUUACAUUCAUCCAUUCAUGUAAAAUCCAUGCAUUUCUAGUAUCUUCAAAAGGAAUAUAUAGGAGUAUAUUUCACACCAUUGAUGUGUUUAUCUUGUGUCUUACAAUACUCCUACCUAAACUAGUUCAGUUGGUUCCAGCGGGGGAUGUUAAUACAUGCCGCAUGAGCUAUCAGUCAUGAUUGCAGCCAACAUGUAAUUGUAAUGCUUCUCCAACUGAAAUUGUCGAGUUGGGAGGUGACCCUGACCUGCACAAAAAGGUGAAAAAAAAGAAAAACAAUCUUGCAGAGAAAGUUCUGCAAUAUUAUCCAUCGAGCAAACCAAAGCACAGGUAGGAGAAAAACUCCCACAUGUACAUUACCUACUCACUACCGGCCAGAUAUACAUAUAUACAGAGUAGUGUGUAGCCUGGCUAAUCAAUUACUAAGAGAAAAAAAAAACCUCCAAUGUUGCUGCUAGCAAUCUUCUACCCAUGCUCAUGCAAAGGACAGCUACUGAGAGCAAGUUUAGUAGUACAACCCACUACUUACUAUAAGCCAAUAUUAAAGCUAACAUGUAUAAUAGGUUAGCUAUAAGGUUAGCUUUAUUUUUUUUUCAUCCUCUCUCUUUAUCUCUCUAUGAAUUUAAUGCUUAUUUCUUGGAGCUUGUGUGGAGCUAGCUCUUGCAUGAGAGCCAUCACUCCCCACUUUUCUUUAUCUCUUCCACAUAAGCAUUUAGCUUGCUUAUAGCUCACCAUUAUCCUUUCUCUCAGAGAUUGUUGCAAGGGAGGAGGAUAUGCAUUGUUUUUUAUCUUUAGUUUUUUCUUUAAGCAAAUAGGGUAGUGUAGUACUUUGGGUCAUGGGGAACAGCAAAAACAGCUGUCUGGGGUUGCAUAUGAUUAGUAGGGCAAAAGCUAGUGAGUGUGUGUGUGUGUGAGAGGGAGAGUGUGUGUGCAAGAGGGAGGAGGGGCCUUUUGUGAAAAUAAUGAUAAGUUUUGGGGAGCAAAAGGUGAGAGGGGAGAGGGUUUUCCAAUCCAGCUUCCAAGUCAAAAGGGUCGCCCGGGAACGAAGAAGAAAGCUCAAAGCUAAGCUGGGCUGGCUGCUGCGGGCAUGCCAGCAUCAUUGCCGCUCUUUUCUGCUCUGUUGGCAUCCGAGACGCCUCCUCUGUAAAGGCACACCAAAGCUCUCUUCUUGGACCCUCAACAAAAAUUCAGCAACUGCAAAUACUAUUAGUUAUUAUAGUUAUGUCAGUUAGUAGUAUUAGAUACAGGGAUCAAUUAUCCCUUAUUUAAUUCUCCCUAAUGAUCCUUUUCUGUGUUUUGUUUACUUUCUCUCUGGAUAUAUGGUGUGCCAUUCACAAAGUGAUUGACUUGCUUUAUUUCAUUGAGGAUUCUUUCCAACCUUGUUUAGGCUCUGGCUUGUUUGCCCGUUGAUUGAGUUGGUCCAAGAAUCAGGAUAUAUGAUAUUCAUGACUUACUGGAAAGCUGUUAAGCAACAGCACUAACACUGGUACUAAGCUAGGCAUGUUCUUUUACCAGAUCAGAUAAUUUUCAUCUGUUUACUUUCUGUUAUGUGAAAAUGAUCCGAGAUUUAUUGCUGUGGAGAGCACACAAGCUGGAAGGAAAAGAUGAGUAUGGGUGCCAUUUUUGGGCUUGGAGGGUGGUCCUUUUCUCUGCUGUACAUUUUUUUUCUACAGGAUCCCUGCUGUACAAUGGUAGUAGCUUCUUGCUUCAAUCAGGGCAAAUGGAGGACAGAUUUUAGCUUGAGCUAACAUGUGAGCAGGCUGCUGGCCACAGUGCAUGUUUGCACACAUGGUAGGCCCUUAACUGAGUGGACUGAAUGGGGGUAAGGGAAGAGAGGGAGGUGGUCGCCGUCAUGGACUGAUGAGGGCCGUGCGUGUUCGUUCGCCAGGCCAGGACAACCCAGCAAGCAUGCUAACUGGUAAGCAUCCAUCAAAGCUUUUCUCUGGAAAACAAAACUUGGCCUCAGAAAGUGGGUUCUGAUGAAGAAAAUGGGUAGGAAAAACAGAAAAAAAAAUGGGUAGGAAAAUGAAAGGGGAGAUGGUUGUAAAACCCUUAUCCUCCCAUGGCUCCAUGCCAGGGAGGCAUGGAGUGAUGGACACAGGUCAAGAGGAGAGGUGCAAGUGCAAGAAGGCUGUUUUCUUUGUAAACCAGCUAGUAGUAAAAACUUGCAAUUCUCUAAUCAGUGAGCCAGUGACCCCUCCUGGGUGCAGGUCUCCUAGGAGAUAGGGCAAGGGAAAUGAGGCCAGGUAUCCAAAGGCCCAUGUCUCUAUUUACCAGGAAAUGCUAUGGGUCCCCAUCCAUGCCCCCCUAAAACAAUCACUGCUUUCCUCCUGGAACAAAACAUACUAUUAUAACUUUAUAAGGGAUGUAAACAUGUUGUAUGGUAAAUUUAGCUAGCCAGACAUGAUUAAUAAGGAUAUGCGCUUUACAAUACAAAGGGGUGUUGUGUAGUAUGAAAGAUGACUAUAUUGUAUUAUAAUUUGAUGAUAUCUUUAAUGCAAUAGGUUUAUAUUUAAUCAUUAACAAGCACAAGUGAUUAUAGCUAUGUUAAAAUGACUAGUUUUAUGAUCUUCUAUAAUCGAUACGAGAAGACAGGGCAGAUGUCCCUUUUGCCAACCAUUCAAACUCAUCUCGUUUGAUAACUACAAGAUUGACCAACUCUACUCUUGAACUUAUGCAUAUGAUCCAUAAAAACCCAAGCAUAUGUGGUGGUCACUAUUCUAGAAGAUACCAACCUUGUGAACUAUUUCGUCUCAUGUGCUGCUAAUAUGCUAUAUACGAGCUACGUGUUGAGUACCUGGUAUAUUUUCACAACACACCAAUAUCUCUAGUAUUUCACCUCACUGCAUAAAAUCGCAAAACCACCAAAGAACACCCUAAUACGGCUGCAACUACCACCAUAAACAUUUGGCCAUAUGUAAAAACAAACGUCACCAAAUCACAAGGGAUGAAGUCACAACUCACAAGUCAUAACCUCCCAGCCCAACCAAGGAGGAAGGAGGGACUUAGGCCAACUCAUCAACACCAAACAGUGUCCACCCUCUCUUGGUCCCCCUAGCAGAUCCCACCCCCAUAAAACUGCCCCUCCAUUGGUUGGCUCCAUUGGCACAAGCACAAGGCCCUCCACUUCUCUCUUCACUCCCUUCCAGCUCCCCCCAAAACCCCAUUUCAUUCCAACCUUUCAAAUCCGCCAUCACCACCUUUUUUUCCCCACACACACACACACACACACACACACAUAUACACAUUGACACAUAGCAGUAGUGUGUGUAGUACUAGUACAAACACACACAACACAAGCUUCUCUCUUCCCUUCUUGGUUUUGCCCAAGAAACGAAAACCAAAACCAAACCCAAGAACUCUCCUCAAAAGAACCACCUCACUUCAUAGCUCUCACAAGGCUCACGCACACAUAGAGCUUGUGAGAGCUUCUUCUUUCUCUCUCUCUUGUCCUUGUGGUAGCUGGUGCUUAAAGGAGGAGGAGGUGAGGAGGAGGCGCAAUGUCGGAGCAGCCAUUGCCGCAGCCUCGGAGCAGCAUGCGGGAGGCGCUGGAGAAGGAGGACAAGGAGAAGGCGGCGGCGGCCAAGGAGAAGGCCGCCGUCCCCAAGAACGGCGGCAACGGGGGAGGAGGCAAGAACGGCGGCGGUAACGGCGGCGGCAACGGUGGCGCCGGCGCCCAGCCCGGGGAGGAGACGACGAGGGAGAUUCAGGUGGUGAGGGAGGCGUACCGGAGGGAGCCGGCGGCGCCGGCGUACGUGAUGCCGGAGGAGCCGCCGGCCAUGGUGGAGCUCGUCGGGUGGUACCUCUACGGCUUCUGCUCCUACUUCAUCACCCACCUGCUGCUCCCCGUGCUGUUCCCGGCCAUCAUCACCCAGGUCGCCUUCCCCGCCUCCGACUUCACCCCGGACACCAAGUACAUCGUCAAGGGCGCCACCUGCUCCAUCCAUGAGAUGUCCAUGUACCAGAGGCUGACCAAGCAUUCGAUUGCCAUUGAUGGAUCCCGGCUGUCCCCGUUGGGCUGGAGUGGCCUAUCAUGGGCGAUUGGAAUCCUCAUUGCGGCUCCGAUCCUCACCCAGGCUGCACACCACCUUGACCGUGGCCAGUAUCAGUCGCUCAUCCUCAUUGCCGCGACAUCGUUUGGCUCAUUCUUCUGCCUCCUCACUGGCUUCUUCAAGACAGUCUGGGUGUUCCUCUUCUACAUCCUGUUCAUUGGUGCAUCCAUCAUUGUUGCUGAGGCUGUGCAUACACGCAAUCUUGGACUCAUGAUCCGUGGCCUUGCAGCACAUGACUCUGGCAAGCACCUUGUCCUUCGCCGUCGUGCUGCUGCCAGUCAGCUCACCCUGUAUUGCACUGCCAUUGGUGGCAUUGGGGCUGCGCUCAUGGCUGCUUUCAUGUACCACAUGCUUCGGCGCACUGACCAGCUCACAGGCCUUUGGGUCGUCUCCAUCUUCAGUGGCCUUAUCUGGUUCAUUGGUAUCUGCCAUGGUCUCUUCACAAACCGACCCAGCAGCUCAUCGCCCACCACAGCAUUUGAGCCUAACUUCUUCACCAAGCUCAGCUACAGCAUGACCCUUGUGCGAUACCCACAGGCCAUCGGAAGCUUGGUUGCAGUGUUCCUUUCAUCUUUCGCCACAAUGUGCAUCUUCACCAGUGGCACAUUGUAUGCUAUUGGUGGUGUUUGCAUCAAGCCAGUCCUUGUGCUCGUGCUCUGGAUACUCUACUUCCUGUUCCCGUUGAUCUCACUUCCGCUGCUGCACCCAAUCCAGAUCAUCAUCCGUGCUGAUGCUGUUCGCAUGCAGCUGCUUGGGUUCAUCAUCUGCCUAUUUGUGUCUGGUGCUGGUUUCUACUUCAAGAGCCACAGGUGGAGAGCCGCUCACAUCAUUGUGAUCGCUCUUGUCCAGAGCACAGCCAAUGGUGUGCUGUACUCAUUUGGUCGCAUUCUGCUGCUCGAUGCCUCGCCACCAGGGAAGGAGGGUGCUUUUGCGGUGUGGUAUGCAUUUGUACGCUGCAUUGGUGCUAUGAUUGGCUUCGCUGCUGCAUCCGCUGGGCCUGGGCGUGCUGGAGGAUCGUUUGCUGCUGCGUUCCUAGGCAGCUUCCUCGGCAUCAUUGUUCUGAUCUUUGGUAAUGUGAGCAACAUCGGGGCGCUGAAGGCUGCUGGGCAUCUGAAGGGAAUGGAAGACGAGAAGAGGCUGGGCAUGGAGAAAGGGGAAGGCAUGAGUGCGGUUGCCGAUUCCGGCGAGGGAAGGGGGAGGGUAUGAUGAUGAUUAAAUGGGCUUGUGGGAAGGAAAGAUUGGAAAAUUGCUGUGGAGGUUGUGUUUGUGAGAGGGAUUUGUUCUUCUUUCUUGUUUCUUUCUUGUUCAUGUUUCAGUGACACUGUUAAUUCGGUGCUUUGCCCCCCUUGGAUGCAUGAUGAUGAUGACAUAGUGGUAGAGGAAGUGUGCUAGUUGUUAAUGUGUUAUUCUUUGCUUGGAAGACAAUUGUAACUGAUGAUAUGGUUCUUUGUUCAUCGCCACCGAAAUUCUCUCUGGCAGUCAUGCUUCGUGGUUGCUUUUCUGUUGAAAAUGUGAUUGUCAAAGUGAAAUAAAACCCUUAUAUAAUAUUUC